AUGAAGCAGACAGACAAGGCGUCGAUGCUGGACGAGGCGAUCGACUACCUGAAGCAGCUGCAGGCGCAGGUGCAGGUGAUGAGCCGGAUGAGCAGCAUGAUGAUGCCCAUGGGCAUGGCCAUGCCGCCGCUCCACCAGAUGUCCGUGAUGGCCCAGAUGGCGCAGAUGGCCCAGGGCAUGAUGAACAUGGGCUCCCUCGCCCAGUCGGGCUACGCGGGCCUCACGCCGCCCAUGAUGCACCCGCCCCCAUUCGUCCCCAUGUCCUGGGACGCUGCCGCUGCAGCCGCCGCCGCCACCUCCGGCGGCGCCGCCGUGCCGGACGCCUUCUCCGCCUUCCUGGCUUGCCAAGCCCAGCAGAACGGCCAGCAGCAACCGGGUAGCAUGGAGGCGUACAAUAGGAUGGUGGCGCUGCACCAGAAGAUGAACCAGCUGCAGCAAAGCGAGCCCAGCAGCAACCCGUCCAAGCAGUGA